AUGGGAGCGGCCCCAACACGAUCUACAGCCGUAGAGGGGGGUUCAGCUUCUGCUCUUGAACCACCUAAAGGUCCAGAUGCAGAGGAGAAUACGAUCGUCGAAGCUAUCAACGGCUCGGGCGGAACCCAGCCCGGUCCAGGGGGGGCCGGUCGAGGGAGCUCUGUUGGUGAUGUGGGUAGCAGUAGGGUAGGUGAAGUGGUCAAGACUCAGGUGGUUGAGCCCAAAAGUUCGACUGAGAGAAGUUUUGGGGACCUGAAUGUUGGUCUCUCGGAUACUGAGGAGGGUGGGCUUGUAGAGUCGAGUUUGCUGAAACUGAGAGGGGGUGAGGGUAGUGUUGAAAAGUUCGAGUCUUUUUCGAGUAAGGAGAAAAAGGCGGUGACGGAUGCUACUAUGGCUAUGGCUGGUGUGAACGGAGGGGUUGAAGAAAAUGGGAGUUCUUUGGAUGAAUUUGAAGAAGACCAAGAUGGGAAACAUGAGAUCAUUGAGGGUAAGACUGGUGUGAACGGAGGAAGGGCUGAAGAGAAUGAUAGUUUUUUGGAUGAGAUUGAGGAAGACCCAGAUGGGAAACCUGAGAUCACUGAGGACAUGGGUGACGAGGGACAUGAGUUUUCUGUGGGAGAUUUUGUGUGGGGUAAGAUUAAGAGCCAUCCAUGGUGGCCUGCCCAGAUUUGUGAUCCUUCUGAUGCGUCGGAGUAUGCAGUGAAAUUGAAAUAUAAGGACAGACUCCUUGUUGCUUAUUUUGGGGACGGCACAUUUGCUUGGUGCCAUCCGUCGCAAUUAAAACCCUUUGAGGAAAAUUUUCAGGAGAUUUCGAAGCAGAGUAGUUCCAAGGCUUUUGUUAAUGCCGUGCAGCAGGCUGUGGAUGAGAUUGGAAGACUUGUGAAGUUGAAGAUGAGUUGUGGCUGCGUAAAGAAAGAGUUUUUGAGUGAUAUUAGUCAACCCUUGGCAUUGAAUGCUGGAAUUAAGGAAGGAGUUUUUGUGCCUGAAGGGGGGUAUCAAUUGCCUGUAUUCUAUGAAGCCCAGCCAGUUCCUGGUCUUGAGGAUGAUGAGAAGGCGGUGGAAGUGCCUGUCCAAGGGCCAUUUGAAGACUGGCUUUCUUCUCCCGGAGGUGCAAAGACUGAUCAAACUGAUCAAACAUUUUCGCGAAGUUCACCCAAAAUUUUAGAGGAUAGGCAAUAUCAAAGAAGGAAGCAGAAAAGCAUUGCUGAUCUUAUGGGAGGGGAAGAUGAUAUUCAGGCGAAAACUAAGGAUGGUGGGAUUAUGGCUAAUGAGGGAGCAGUAUCAGAGAAACCAGAGCAGAAGAAGCGGAAAGGCAGUGAGAGUCAUGAUGAGAGUAAUUUGGUUUCUGAUGUAGUAAAGAGAAAGCUCAGACUCUCAAAGUCACCCACAAGCACUCUUACCAAAAAAAAUCUGAGUGUUGAAAAUGAUUGUAGUGGCAGCAAGGAAGAAAGUAAGAAGGGUCGGUUAUCAAGGAGACGGAAGAAGGAUGAGAGUUUUGGCAUGGAUAGUGAUGAUGGUAAGAUGAAAGAAGAAACUGGCGACAGCCCUCUUUCAAGAGAAGGGGAAUUGCGCAGUGGUGGUUUACAAAGUGAUAUGAAAGACCAAAUUGACAACCGCCCCUUGUCGAGGGAAAGGAAAAAGAGCAAGUACUUGUCCCCUCCUUUCACAAAUCUUAACAUGGUGAAAAGGAUGCGAGACAUAGAAAUAGAAUCUGAAGUUUCUAAUGAAACUCAGUCAGGGGAGCGGGCUACUUCUAACCUUAUUGGGUCCCCUCAUAUGUUGAAUUGCUGCACGGAGAAAUUAAAGAAGAAACACACUACAGAACUCAGUCCUAAAGCACCAGCAGAAGAUGAGGAGAAGAGCAUUGAUCCAAUGAAAGCUAAUGCAUCAGCGAGUCUAGUGCUAUCUGAACUCCGCUCUGCAGCUCUUAAUCCAUCAUAUCCAAUCAAAAGGAAAUCCUUUGAGAUUUUUAGGGACUUUAUGGCCACAUUCAGAGACUCAAUUUAUCGCAAUGGCUCCAACUACGAACUUUACAAGAACCGCCAACCUCAUAGGAAGAGAAAGAAUAUAAUAUCUGAGCCUGGGUCACUGGGGAAAGACCGAAGUCAAACCGCAGACAAUCUACCUGACAGUGAAUCUGGGCACAAGAAAAUCAAGAAGAGCUCUGAUAAGCCUAUAGGAAAGCAUGCUGCUGGAACACCAGAUUUGAAGACAAGGCGGAAGAAGAGGGACGAGAAAGCUUCACCUGCAUCCCUUUUUGUGACAUUUGGCCCUGGUUCCUCUCUGCCCACGAAAGCUGAUCUUAUCAAGAUAUAUAGUAAAUUUGGAGAGCUGAAUGAAAUGGAAACUGAGAUGUUCUACAACAAUUUCUGCGCUCGGGUUUCCUUCUUAAGGAUCUCUGAUGCGGAAGAAGCCUUCAACCAUUCGCAAAAUGACAGUCCCUUUGGAGCUUCCAAUGUCAACUUCCGGCUCCACAAUCUCUCGGCUGCUUCAAAGGUUCGUGAACUGAGUGAAAUAUCCAAUUCUCCUCCAGCUAAGUCCAGGGGUAAGACCAAAAGUCAGCCAGUAGGAACAUACUCACAGCCCCCUGUUGAUGGUGAGGCGUCACAACUCGACUUCAUUAGACAUAAACUUGAGAAGUUGACCUCAAUGCUGGACAAUUCGGAUGGGAAAGUGUCAGCUGUAACGAAAUCCAAGUUGGAGAGUGAGAUAAAAGAGUUAUUGGAGACGGUAAGCACAAUGGUUGAAUCUUCAUCUUAG